UACCGCUUGCCGCAUUUUCACGUUCUUCCCCGCAUUUUCUCGUCUUCCACCAUUGGCGCUAGUCCCCCAAAUGGCGGCCCUAUCUUACCUCUGCUCCCCGCAUUUCGCGCCGGUGGAUAUUGUGCGCAUUGCCCCGCGCACGCCCCCGCACAAUGCCGCACGCGCCGUUCCCCGUACGUCCCCGCGCGCGUCCUUCUCCGCUCGCCCCCUCGCUCUUCACCGCGAGCACGCGCAACAGCAGCUUGCGCCAUUCCCCCCGCCACCAUCUUCCCCCGCGUACCGCGCACCACGAAACACACCCGCAUUGUCCCCGCGCUCUUCCCCGCCUCUCCGCGCAUCCGCGUCCGCACAGUCCCCCGAAGGGGGUGCCGCUCCCCCCGGCGGCACACCCGCUCCCGCCAUUCGGUUCCGCCCAGCCACCCCCGCGGACAUGGGGACGAUUCAGCGACUGGUGCUGUCAGAAUUCAUGAAUCCCCUCAGUCUGGACGUGCGGCGCUUCGUGGUGGCAGAGGCAGCAGCAGCAGCAGCAGCAGCAGCAGCAGCAGGAGAGGGUGCCGGAGGGGCAGGGAAGGGGGAGGUGGAAGCAGGGUGGCGGUUGGUGGGCGCAGGGCAGAUGAAGGAGUGGAAGCCAGAAGGCGGGGUAGGGGCAGGAGCAGGGCCUCUGAUGGAGUUGAGGAGCCUGGUCGUGCUGCCAGAAAUGCGAGGCCAUGGCAUAGGUUCCAAAUUGGUAUCAGAGCUGCUCAAGUCAGUGCAAGGCCGAGGCGCCGUGCACUUGCUCACUAUAGGGGCCAGAACGGCCUUCUACGAAAGGCAUGGCUUUCACGAAGUGUCUGCUGACGCAGUGCCUUCUCAACUGCAGUUGGAGCUUUCCCUUGGCUCCUUUGUUGCUAGCUUUGCUGCUGGCGAUAGGUGCCUUUGCAUGAAAGCAGUAGUGUAACGUUUCAAGACAACUACCAUACUUGUUUUUGUUGGAAGUAUUGCUUGAAAACAGGGUACAAACAGCGAGCCACGUUUGUACCAUC